AUGGAUGUGUUCUUUUUUGUGUGUGUGUGUGUGUGUGUUGGUGUGUGUGGGGGGCAGGGAGGGGCUCCUAGUGCUAGUGGUGCUGUUAGGGCAAUAACAGAGGGCUCCGCUCUGUUGUGUGCAUCCAGAGCUUUUGAGCUCUUAAGUUUCUCCUUUGGUGUUAGAACAGGCUUGGAAGGACCUGGGCUUUCUGUUUCUCAAAAGAUAUUUUAUUGUAUUAGCUUUGUUGGUGGCCAAUAUAUAUGGUCACGAUUACAGUCUUUUUCUGCUUUCCGUCGAUGGGGCGAUUCUGAACAGAGACCACUAGCACGCCGUGCUUGGGCAUUAAUGCAGAAUGCUGAAGUAUUGUACAGGGCUGCUUCAUUCUUUAACCUAUUAUUGUUUCUUUAUGGUGGAAGGUACAAAACUAUUGUAGAAAGGAUUCUGAAGGCAAGACUUGUUUAUGGGGGCCCCAACAUGAAUAGAGCUGUUAGCUUUGAGUACAUGAAUGAAUGGCCAGCUGGUCUGGAAUGA